AUGUUUCACAAAUUCAUUUUAUCUGUUGUUGUGGCAUAUUUAUGCACAAUUCUAUCAUUAUUUGCUUUACCUAUAACCGAUACAACGUUAGUACUAAAUGGAACAAAUGAAGAAACGUAUUUGGAAAAUCGAUUCGGACAUAAUGUAACAACAAUCCAGCCAAAUAAUCCAUCUUCAUUAAUAACAACUACAACAGAUUAUCUUCAAGUCAAUGUUUCAAAUAAAACGAUAGAUCUGUCAUAUGUGACCGAAAAUGAUCAAGACUCUCAUAUACUAUUAGAUGAAUCAUUUUCAAUGAUUUCAGUUCCCAAUCAUGAUUUAUCAGACUAUGAUCAUAUGUUAUUUAUUCAUCAACAACGAGAAGAAACAUCGAUGCGAUUAUCAAAAAGUUAUACAAUUUUAUUUUCAAUUCUUGCAUUAUUUUUAGUCGUAUCAACCAUUUUAUCUUGUUUUAUUGUUUGCUUUUGUGAUCGAUAUCCAUUAAAACGUCGUAGAAGUUCAGUUCAUAAAAUGGAUGCUGAUUUAGAAAAGCCAAAUCUUAUUUCAAAUAAAAAUAUUGUUCCAUCACCACCUCCACUACUAUCAAAAUCAAAUAUUCGAGAACAUUAUGUUAAUUCAAAAAAUUAG